AUGCGACUUCCUUACUACUUGCUUGUUUUUGGAUUGAUCAGCCAGCUCAUAAUUGAUACCGACGCCCAAAUCGGGCUUCCAAAUCACGCUGAGGGUUACCUCUUGGAGCAUGUGACGCCUCGCACCGCCGGCUAUUUUUACCCAUGUUGCCAAUAUAACAUUGGUUCGCACGAAGCAAUUGCUGAAUUCAAGAAUAAAUUUGACACUCUGCCAUCCGAUCACAAGAUCCUGCACGUGAAUCGAGUGUUAACGUAUCUACUGAAACGACCAGAAACCACGUCUUGCGAUCAUCUACUGGGAUGGUGCGAAGCACUCGCCGGUGCAACCGAUCCAGCUCCAGCAUUCGAAAGGAUUAAUAUUGCAACGAUCUAUGCUUUUCACACUUUCAUUCUUCAGAAAUAUGAGUAUCGGAAAGUAAGGACUAGACUCCAGCAGAUCGUGAAGAACAUUAUGUCAGAUUUACUGGAUCACCAGGAUACAAGGGCUCAAUGGGCGCGGGAGCUCUAUCACCCCGAGGAAGGUCUUUCUGAACUUUUCAAAGAAAAAGAACAGUUCCGCAAUGUGUGGUUGGACGUCCCUAUGCUGGAAAAUUUAGGAGCGUCAAUAUAUUGGAAUUACCAAGAUUCUUUGGCCACCGAAAUGGACAAAAACAUUGGAAUUAUCUUCUCGCUCAAACCGUCGGGAUACAUUUCGGCCCAGACUAGAGUAGUUGCAAUAGCUGCACUUUGGCAUGUGCUCAACACCAAUAAUGUUGAUGAUGUGAAUAAAACAAAAGCCCGUGAAUUCUUGCGUUUACUCGUAGACCCCAAAAAAUACUUUCUAUUUGAUCACGAAAGAAGACUCAUACAAGCGUUAUCUAAUUGGGAAAUACUCUGA